AUGAAGCUCAGCGUGGCCUUGUUCUUCGCCGGACUCUUCGGGGCCCUGGCGGUGGUCUUCACCCUGCUGUCGUUCGGGACCGAUUACUGGCUGCUGGCCUCGGAGAGCUGCCCUCCAACUUCGGAUAACGAGCGCGGCGCUGCGGAGGGGAACGUUACCACCGGGUUCGCUUUGUACCAUGAGGGCUUCUUCUGGAGGUGUUCGUUUGCAGGCGACGCGCAAGAAGAAGACCUGCUGUGGAAGCUUUGGUUCACAAAUCAGGCUCACUCCAAAGUCUGCACGCACGCUUACCUCUUCCCAUUCCCGGUGUCCCACCACACCCACAACGCCACGGCCUACGAAUCCGCCAUAAUCUACAGAGGCUUCUGGAGCGUCUUCAUGCUCAUCGGCGUGGCCGCCGCGGUGCUCGCCGGCUUUUUCAUCAUCUGCGCGGCUCCCUUCGCUAGCCACUGCCUGUACAAAACGGGAGGUGGCUUCUUCCUGGCAUCGGGUCUGUUCCUGCUGUGUGUGGUGGUGAUGUACGUACUUUGGAUCGAGGUGUUGGACGUGGUGGACGUCUACGUGAAUCACCAGCGUUCCAACGUGUGUCCGGACUUCCAAUUGAACCUCCACUACGGCCUCUCGUUCAUCUUCGCUCCCGUCGGCGUUUUCUUCUCUCUGCUGGCCGGCCUCCUCUUCUUCCUGAUUGGCCGAACCAUCAAGAUCCACUAUCACUAA